UUAAAAACAAUAAAAUACUUUGAAUUUCAAACCCUCCCCCUCUCUCUUUCCAUUUCUAAAGCUGUAAAACAGUAUGCGGAUGCGACUUUAGGCACCAAAGCCACCCACUCCCUUCCUGCAGUAAUGGCUUUUGCCGCUCUCCUUUCCCACCACCGUCACCUCUUCCUCCUCCUCUCUUUUUCUCUCUCCACUAUUAAACGCACAAGACACUCUCUGCACUCUCUUCGUCUCCUAACAUAUGGGCUACCUCUCUUGCAAUGCAGAGUCCGCAAUAGCUAUAUGCGACCCCUACAUCUGGGACAACAAACGGAAACCAUUUCAGAUUACCAACUUCUCCUAUGCUGAUCUUGAAUCCGCCACCAAUGGCUUCUCCGCUGAGAGUUUUCUCGGUAAAGGCAGCUAUGGCAGCGUUUACAGAGCCCUUCUCCACCACGGUAAGCUCAUCGCCGCCGUUAAGAGAGCCAUAAGCCCUCAGCAACACAAUAACAAGUGUGCCAGCUGCACCAACUGCUCCACCUGCUCCAACUCCACCAGUCCGGCUGAUAACGAGAUCGAGAUACUGUCGAGAGUUCGAAAUCCUAGACUGGUUAAUCUAUUAGGCUUCAGUGUGGACAGGAACGAGAAGAAAUUGAUUGUGGUUGAGUUCAUGCCCAAUGGAUCUUUGUAUGAUAUUCUUCAUUCGAGUCCUAGACCACCCAGUUGGAGGCGGCGAGUCAGGUGGGCCUCGCAGAUCGCGAAGGCGGUGGAGUCGCUGCACUCGUCGAAUCCGCCGGUGAUUCACAGAGACAUAAAGUCUUCCAACAUUUUGCUGGAUGGGAAAUGGAAUGCAAGGCUUGGAGACUUUGGGCUGGCUUUGAGGGGACACGUGGAGGAUGUGAGGGUGAGGUGUACGCCACCCGCGGGGACGUUAGGAUACCUGGACCCGGGCUAUCUUGCGCCGGGGGAUUUGAGUACCAAGAGCGACGUCUUCAGCUUUGGGAUCUUGUUGCUGGAGAUGAUCAGCGGCCGCAACGCCAUCGACGUCAACUACAGUCCACCCUCGGUGGUGGACUGGGCCGUGCCCUUGAUCAAGCACACCAACUUCUCCGCAAUCUGUGAUCCCCGCAUCGGAGAGCCGGAGGAUCCUCGCGUGAUCCGGCAGCUGGCGGUGUUGGCCGCUCGAUGUGUCAGAUCAACGGCGGAGAAGAGGCCUGCGGCGACUGAGGUGGUGGACUGCCUCAGAAACGUGAGAAAGAUGGUUCAGUCGCCGCCGAUCUGGGGUAAUGUAAGGAGGCGAGUGCAGAGGCCGUCGAGGUCCCGGCAGAUGACACUGGAGGUGUUGGAUGGGAGCGGAGAGAUGGUGAAGACGAAGAAACUUGGAAGUAGAAGGAACAGGAAGGUAUCCAGUGUUCCGGGUGCAGAGGAGGGGAAUGAAGCGGUUGGUUCGUUGAGUGAUGGUGUGAUUAGAUCCAAAUCAAUUGGUUCGGGCAGCGAGAUUAAAAUGGGUUGGGAUCCAAAGAAGAAGCCUGGAUUGGUUGUGAAGAUGCCUGUUAUGAGACUUGUGAAAUCAAGGUCCAUGGGGGUCGUACAAUCCAAGCGCUUGCUACAUUGCCAUCAAUUUGCCUUUGAACUUGACAAAAGGGCUCAUGCAGUCAGAGAAUUGAGUGAACCCAAGUUGUUGGUGAGCUGGGAUAAACAACCCCUGAUUCAAAAAUGCAUCUUAAAGCAAGAUACCGCUGUACUUGAAUCGAAGGAACCGAAUCCGGUGGGCUUGAAGACCCUUUGAUUAUUAGGUUUGGACGCGAUCCUCAUCUUUCCGUCUUCUCUCCAUAACUGGGGAUUAUGGAAACAGAUACGAGGCAUUAUUGCUAUUGCAUAAUUUGCAUUUGAUGUGUUCCAUGAUACUAGGGAUCUUAUAGCUAGUCAGAAGAAUGUCAUGUAAAAUCUUCCGAGGCAUUGGUUAAAUCAUUGGUACAAUAAUUUAACAAUUUCCAAAUCUGUGAAGGUUCAACCAUGAUCUAUGUGUUUCCAAAUCAUCGGUACCAGUAGAACCAGAGAAAUAUAUUCUGGUGCUCUCUUUUUUCCUUUCCUUCCAA